AUGAAAAUACCCAAAUCACAACUCCAGUUCCCAAUUCACCGCCGCCGGCGUUCCAAACCGCCGUCAUUUUCCGCCACCGAGAGGAACGAUAAUUGGCCGACGUUUCUGUUCGAGAAUUGGGGAAAAUCAGAGGAAUCGCCCAGAACGGCGGCGUUUCUGCUCAAUUCGCCGCCGCCGGAGAACCUCCGCGGCUCCGCCAGGUUCUUCGUCGCCGCCGGCUCCUCGAGCGCGCUGAUCGUGGACGACCCGUCGUCAUCCUCCUCCUCCGCCUCCUCGUCGUCGACGGACGAAUCUCCGCCGGGGAACCUGGAGGCGGAUCCUGAAGAUUUCAUCGCGCUUCUAACGUACUCGCCGAGUCCGUACGACGAUUUCCGGCGAUCGAUGGAGGAGAUGGUGGACGCGCGGGUCGGGGACGGCGGGCGCGUGGAUUGGGAGUUUCUGGAGGAGCUUUUGUUCUGCUAUUUGGAUCUCAACAACAGGAAGUCGUACAGGCACAUACUGCGUGCCUUCGUCGAUCUAAUCGUCGUCCUCCGGGAGAACCCCCGGCGGCGGAUGAUAUGA